CUUUACCACCAGCUACACACUCAACACAGCACAAAUACGUCAAUCCACGCUCUCCUUGUUUCUAUCUUUCCAACAUGUCCACUAACUGCCGUCGUAGACUGAUUCGGGACUUCAAACGUCUGUCCUCCGACCCUCCGGGCGGCAUCUCUGGCAGCCCAUGCCCGGACAAUAUCAUGCUAUGGAAUGCCGUCAUCUUUGGUCCAGCGGACACACCGUUCGAAGACGGCACCUUUAAGCUCCUGCUAACGUUCGACGAGUCAUAUCCGAAUAAGCCUCCCACUGUCAAAUUCCUUUCGCGCAUGUUCCAUCCAAACGUCUACGCGAAUGGCGAGCUCUGUUUGGACAUCCUGCAGAAUCGCUGGUCGCCAACAUACGAUGUCGCCGCGAUCCUCACCUCAAUCCAGAGUCUGCUGCACGACCCCAACCCGAACAGCCCUGCUAAUGCAGAGGCGGCGCAGCUGUAUCGGGAAAACAUGAAGGAGUACGUCCGACGCGUGCGCGCGACGGUAGAGGAAAGCUGGCUUGAUCCGGAGGAGCAUCAGGAAAUGGAGCAGGACGGCUGCGAGUCCUCUGCUUCUUGAUUAUGGACACUCACCUUGGACUCGUGUCAUACUAUUGGUUCGUGUGGGAUGUCCCGUCAACAUUUUCCGAGUCAUCAUCUGUAUUCCUUGUGUUCGUUUUGCAUCCUAAUAAAUACCCGCUGCCCUUUGUACUGU